CAAGUGAUGUCUCCAUGAUGUGACUAUAAAUUUAAAGUAUUUUAACGGCAAACAUUGCUGAAAUGUUUGUUAAGUAGUUCGGAAUCCACUGCAAUGUAAUUUAGUGCAUUUUUGGUGAUUAGUUAUGGAAGUUGCAAGUGAUGUUUUAAUAAAUCAAAUUCGUCUAAAACAUGAGAAUGCAGCAAACAAUAGUUAUGUAACGGAGAGCCCAGAAGGCUUCCGCUUGCGGUUGCGCGCGCUGAUCGUGGCGCUGCUCGGUGUCUCGAUGUCGGCGUGCGCGCUCAUGACGCAGCCCGUCGAGCUGGAACUGGAGGAUGACGACGUCUUGCAGAAACUCAACAACGUCAGCUUUGCGAGGCGGAUCACUAAGCCAACGAUUCGCCUUGUGUUGGGCUAUGGGACGCUAAGCGCUUUGGUCACCUGCAUAAGCUCGCUGUUGUUACUGGUAGCUGUCAUGUCAAAGCAAUCGUGGUGGCGUCGUGGCGCACGCUGGCUGGCGGCGCCAGCUCUAUUAGUGAUCGCGUUGGAAACCGCGUCAGACGCUGGCGACAACAUGCUGUCGGCGGCUCUGCGGGGCGCGGCCGAGCCGGGCAAACUGGCUGCUCAGGCCCUCGCCGCUAUCAUACUGAUCACCAUUGAGAUACUCGUCUGGUAUUUCAUCGCGAAAUUCUUCGAAUACACCCCUCAGGCUGAUGUAAUCGAACCAGAAAAGGCCCCCGAAUUAAAAGCUAUCCAGCAAUAAGGAGUGUCCGUUUUACUUGUAAAUUGUGUGCCAGUUAUGUUGAAAGGCUAAAUUACAGCAUUGUAAGUAGUAGACAAAAUCCUACGCCAUAAACGUCAAACCGUGUUUAUAGAAACUGCUGACGACACGUAGACUUGCCUAAUGACUUACAGAAAUAGACAAAACGCUUUUAAAAUACAUCACAGACGAAUCAUUUGCUAAAUUUAAAUUGUCAGCCUUCUUGGUGGUACGUUUUGUUGACCAUGCCAAAUUAAUAAGUUUGCUCCUUUUGCAAUAAGAUCUAUUUUAGCACGUACUGGUACCUAUAUCUGUAGGCAACGUCUGUGUUUCUGUUUAAUUUAGGUAUCAGAAAUUAAAGUAAUCAUUUAAAGGGUUUAAUAUUAUUUAUUGAUUUCAAUAAACAAUUAAUAAAGUUACACUUAGUAUUUCUAUAUACUAUUUAUAAGCUUCUUUGCACUUGGAUAUAAAAGGCACUUAUUUAUGCUCUAUAAAUUAAACUACUCAUUAACUAUACUCCAAAACGUAAUUCAAGACCAAAAAAAGUAAGAAAAUGUUGCCACUGCAAUAAUUUGUUUGUAAAAUAGUAAAUUCCUUUUGAUAAAUAGUCACGCUAAGAUAAUUUAUUUAUUAGUAAUUUUACUCCUACUAUUUAAAAAAGUACUUUUAUUUACUUAAUUUUACUUAAAUACAAGACGCGCUAGUAAAAAGUGGCAACAUUUUCUUCCUUUUUUUGGUUUUGAAUUACGUUUUGGAGAUUAGGUAUAUUAUAAUUAUUAUAAAGCUAUCAUAAGUUUUAUUGUGAGUACAGAAAGCAAGGCAUACUUGGACGUAAGUAGGACGUAAAGUAGUGUAAUACAGAUGUAGCGCAUAAUUGUUUUCAUUUCUCAUGCUCUGAAAAAGGGUCGUUGUUGUUCUAAAAGGUGUGCAGGAAAUGAUAUGUUUCUGCACUAGAGCAUUUUAGGUUCCAAGUACGAUUUUAUUAAUUUAAUUACGAUAAGUAAUUGAAAUUUGGGUAUAAAUGGAUUUCUUAUACCAUUUCCAUUCUGAUAUUUGACUCCCCGUUCCAUAAAUAAUGAUACUUUUGCCUGAAUUGUUAAUUGAAAGUACCCUAAAAAAAUACUAUAAAAAUGUAUACUUUGUCAUGUUUAAAAAAAAAUCUUGUGAAAACACAUGCAUUUUACUUUCCUCAUAUUCGAAAUGAAAAGUGAGUGUUUAACUCGGAUGAAAGGCAUCAUUUCAUCCCUUGGUUAACAAUCUACUAUUUCCAUCGUAUUUACUCGGAGACGUUCUUAUUUGUUGUGCUACUUCAGUCAACCUCAGUACUUUUUGGAUCGAAACUGACUGAAAAACAUGACACGUUCGGAGUACGUUUCCGUGAAAAUACGAUGGAAAAUAAUUAUGCACUACAUCUGUAUAUUAAAGCGUGAGUACUUCAUACGUAUGACGAUGUUAUUCACUUCGCUACUUUUUAGUCACUAAACUUAUUAGAUUUUUUUAUAUUAUUUUUUUGGAUAAUUUGGAUUUGGUUGGUUUUGGUUUUUUUUAUUCGUGUUGAAUCUCUUUGAUAACAUACCUAAUAUAUGUAUAUAUACCAUACAAAAAGAGCCGCAUGUACAAUUGUGCAUUAAUAAAAACAAUAAUUAUCAUAACACGUGACAUAUACA